UUUGAAAAUAAUGGUAAAAGCUCAAGUACAAAUAUCAGUAAAGAUUUAAGCACUAAUGUUGGUGAAGGUUCAAGCAUGAAUAUUGAUGAAAGUUUAAGUACAAACAAUUGUGAGAGUUUAAGUAUAAAUAUUGGUGAAAACCAAACUAUUGAGGUAAUUAAUCUUAUGAGUGAAGACGAAGCUAAAAAUGAAUUCAACUUUAUUCGUGAAAAUGAAUUUAACUCUAUUCAUGAAAAUGAAACAAAUUUUGUUCAUGAAAAUGAAGAUGAUUAUUAUAGAAUAGAGGAAAAUAUCUAUAAAAAUAUUACUCAUGAUACAAAUGAAUUAUACCUGAGUCGUAUUCAAUUUUCUGAAAUCUGA